GGGGACCACAUAUAAGGGUAUGUUUGACAUUUUUCGAAAGUAAACCGUGCCAAGGGACCGCGUCUCGGGAUAAACGAGAUAGAUGCACCGGAAGUUUUAUUAUCGAUCGAGGAACAAUCGUUAUGGCGUGGUCAAGGAAGGACCAGUAAGUAAAUCACGCCCUUUUUUUUUUCAAAAGCAUUUGUCUCAGGUCUCAGUAUCUCCGGAAGGUAUCCAAGGUUGUGCACAAACAACCAAAUUUGGUCUGGGAUAUGCGUACCGCCAGCGGACGUUCAAAGACAAGGAAAGGAAACAAACCUUCACCUCCAACCACCUACCAGUCUCCCCUUCUUUCCCCUCUGAAAUCAUCUCUCUCUACCUUCACUGCAAGUCAUCAAUGAAGAAAUACCUGCACCGAUUCCCAUCACCAUAAUCCUACUUCCUGCUCUCCCACUCCCCACCACAAGCUACAACAGCCUCUGGCAGAAGCCAUGGCCAUCUCCCUCCUCUCCUCUAUCCUUUACUCCCACUUUACCAUGUCAGCUGCCUCCACCGUAGUCUCCAUCACGGUGUUCAUCACCCUCCUCUGCGUCUGUCUCGUGAUCGGCCACCUCUUGGAGGAGAACCGCUGGGCCAACGAGUCCAUCACCUCCCUUCUUCUGGGUUUGUGUGCUGGUCUGGUCACGCUGGCUCUCCGCAAAUGGAAGAGCUCGCAUAUCCUCGUGUUCGAUGAGGAGCUCUUCUUCAUUUACCUGCUCCCUCCCAUCAUCUUCAAUGCCGGUUUCCAGGUCAAGAAAAAGCGAUUCUUUCGGAACUUUUCAACGAUCUUGCUAUUUGGAGUGUUUGGUACUCUAAUAUCUUUUUGUAUUAUCUCAACAGGUUCAUUCUUUCUGUUGAAGGAAAUAGGUAUAACAUCCUUGAAGAUUCAAGACGUCCUAGCUAUUGGGGCUAUAUUUUCAGCCACAGAUUCAGUGUGCACAUUACAAGUUCUCAAUCAAGAAGAAACACCCCUACUUUAUAGUCUCGUUUUUGGGGAGGGAGUUGUUAAUGAUGCUGCUUCUAUUGUUCUUUUUUAUGCGGUUCAGUCACUCAACUUCAACAAUAUUGAUGCUUUGACAGCCUUAAAACUGCUCGGAACCUUUCUUUACCUUUUCUCCACAAGCACUGCUCUUGGUAUAGCUGUGGGACUUGUAAGUGCCUAUAUCAUAAAAAAAUUAUAUUUUGGGAGACAUUCUACCAAUCGUGAAGUUGCAAUUAUGUUGCUUAUGGCUUAUUUGUCUUACAUGUUAGCAGAGCUCUUUUCUCUUAGUGGGAUACUCACUAUCUUCUUUUGUGGCAUCAUCAUGUCACAUUAUACAUGGCAUAAUAUUACGGAACGCUCACGAGUAACCACCAGGCAUGCAUUUGCAACUAUGUCAUUUAUUUCAGAAACUUUUAUAUUCCUCUAUGUUGGCAUGGAUGCCCUGGAUAUUGACAAGUGGAAAAGAAGUGAUGGCAAUUUAGGAACAACGGUUGCAACUAGUGGGACAAUCUUGUUUCUCGUAAUGGCUGGAAGAGCAGUGUUUGUCUUUCCUCUCGCAAAUGUUGCAAAUUGUUUUAGAAAUGAACCUGAUGCAAAGAUUGAUCUUCGAAAACAGUUUGUAAUUUGGUGGGCUGGCCUAAUGAGAGGUGCAGUUACUAUUGCUUUAUCAUAUAACCAGUUUGCAACAGGGUCAUCAUCGAAACAGGGUGCAUUUUUUGUCACUAAUUCAAUCAUUGUGGUACUCUUCAGUACUGUGGUUUUUGGAACGGUAACGAAGCCUAUAAUUCAAGCAUUGCUGUCACAGAACUCAAAAUCACCGAAUAGUGAGGAUAAUGCUGUGUCUAACCUAGACGACAUCCAUCUCUUAUUUCUAGAAAAUAGAAGAGCAAAUGAGGAUGGCAACAACACAAGAAGUAGCCUAGGCAUGUUACUGAUGAAUCCUACCUCUACCAUUCACCAAUUUUGGAGAAAGUUUGAUGAUAAAUAUAUGAGACCUGUAUUUGGUGGACGUGGUUUUAUGCCAUAUGUUCCUGGUUCACCAUCUAGUGCUACAGAAGAUAAUGUAUAACUCACAUCAAUGGAUAUGUUGCAUUAUAGAUUGUA